AACACUGUGGUUAACGUUUGACAGGGCACCAUGGGGGCUGUUCAGAUCACUCUGAGUCCGAGGUCUGAGGAGUGAGGAGUGUCUCCCUCGAUCUCUUCAGCAAGACUACGAUCAUGACACCCCUGUUGCAUCUGUUGUUGCUCCCUCUCCUGCUCAGCAUUGCUGCUGGGAAGGAUCUGGAGGAGAAGAAGGGCCCGUUUGAGAACACGGUGCUGGAUGUGUCAGAGGGAACACCGGUGCCGUAUGCUAUGUAUCAGUUUCAGGUGACCAGUGCAGGUGUAAAUAAUUUCAGGCUGAGUGGGGAGGGUAAAGAAGACAUCAGGAUUUCAAAUGACGGGUGGCUGUACCUGCAGAGGCCUCUGGACUGGUCUCGAGAUAACCAUUACAUAGUCAAGGUGGAGGCACUGGCAGAUGAUGAAGUCGUGGAAGGCCCAAUUUAUGUCACCAUAAAUGUGUUGGACGUCAACAACAACGCUCCGUACUUCAACCAAAGUGUCUACACAGCUCUGGUUAGAGAACACAGUCCGGCAGGUGUCCCAUUUACCCGUGUGUUUGCGUCGGAUAAGGACGACCCAGAGACCCCCAACGCUCAGCUGAGCUACAGCCUGGUCAGCCAGAUCCCCAACAGACUCCACACGCCCCUCUUCCAGAUCAACCCUAAAACUGGAGAGAUCUCCACCACAGAAGACGGGAGCGAGAUGCUGAAGGCCAGAGAAGGUAUCCUGUACAGCAGAGGAGAUGAUCGGAGCAUUGAGGCUUUGAAAUCAAGGUUUGAUGACUACUGUCCAGAGCCGAAGCUCCCGUACGAACAAAACCCCUUCUUCACCUGUGUGCAGAGAGCAGAAAUGAGGCGGAGCAAUGUGGACCCCCUGGUGGAUCCAGACUUCACCCUGAUUGUGCGCGUGCAGGAUCUUGGCGGAACAUUAGAGACCGCGCUGAGUGGAAACACCGAGGUGCAUAUUGUCGUGCAGCAGAACCUGUGGGUCAAUCCCGGACCGAUCACUGUGAAGGAACACUUGCGGGAAACGUACCCUCUGACCAUCGCAAAGGUUCAGUCUAAUGAGCCCAACGCCAUCUACACGUUGGUGCAGAAAGAGCGAGCGCUGAAAUUCCCCUUCCAGAUCACAGAAGAUGGGCUAAUACAUCUGACAGAGGAGCUGGACAGAGAGGACAAGGACAUGUACAUCCUGGCGGUGCGGGCAACAGAUAACAGUGGGAACGAGGUGGAUCCACCCAUGGAGAUUCAUGUCAUAGUGGAUGAUAUAAAUGACAACGCUCCAGAGUGUGAAAACGAGGAGAGUGUAUUUGAGUUGCAGGAGGGUGAGCCUGUAGGCAGCGAGGUAGGAGAGCUGAAGGCCCAUGACGCUGAUAAAGAAGGGACGUUGAACUCCCUGCUGACUUACACCAUCGAGAGUCCAGGCGGCUCACCUUUCUCCAUCGACGCUGCUUCUGGAAGAAUUCAGGCGUUGCGCUCGCUCCAGCGUAGAGACCAGCAGGUUUAUAACCUCAAUGUCAAAGUCAAGGACCCAGUUCACAGCACUGACUGUAAGGUCGUCAUCAAAGUCAUUGACGUCAACAAUGAGCUGCCUCUGUUUGAGAAGAGCGAUUACGGCAAUCAGACUCUGGCAGAGGACACUCCUGUUGAACACACAGUGCUGACCAUCAGAGCAACAGACGCCGAUGACCCGGACAGCGGCAGCUCUCGGAUCGAGUUCCACAUCUCUGCUGGCAAUGAUGAUGGUGUUUUUGCCGUUCAGACUGACGGCAGCGGCGUCGGCCACCUGGUCAUAGCUAAGCCUCUGGACUUUGAGACCUCGUCCACCUACAACCUCAAGAUUGAUGCCCGUAACCCAGAGCCCCUGAUGAAGGGCCUGGAAUAUGGCAGUGAAUCGACGGCCGUCUUCUCCAUUUCUGUCACCGACAUAGACGAGGUUCCAGAGUUCAGUUCGGACGUUCUGGAAGUGACUGUGCCUGAAAACACCACCAAGGGAUCGGUGCUGCUCACCGUGGAGGCGAAGGAUCCAGAGGGCAAAGACAUCAAAUUCAAGUUGGAUGGUGACACUGAGGGCUGGCUGGAGAUCGACGAGGCAUCAGGAGUGAUCAAGACCAAAGGCAAACUGGACAGGGAAACCCUGGAGACUUUGACGGUCACUGUCACUGCAUAUGAGAAGGAUAACAAAGAGAUGCACUCGGAGCUUGACCUUACCGUGAGGCUGCUGGACGUGAACGACAAUGUCCCUAAACUGAUAGAGGACAAAGCAUUCAUCUGUAUGAUGAAACCCAAACCUGUCAUCAUCAAGGCCAAAGAUGGAGACAGCGCCCCUUUCUCCCAGCCCUUCACCUUCGUCUUGGGUAGUGGAAAAUCUCAGAACUGGGCCCUUGUCAAGAUUGAUGAUACAACAGCCAAACUGACCCUGAGGAAAAAGGCAACUGAAGAUAAAACCUACAACCUCCCCAUUACUAUUAAGGACAAUGCAGGCAUGGGAGUCGCACAGUCAUUUGAGGUGAGAGUAUGUAACUGCACGGAGCUGGGCUACUGCUACAUGGCUCCAAGGUCCCAUCAGAACAUUUAUGGACUGGGAGCCACCAUCGGGAUCCUGGUUGGCACACUUGCAUUCUGCGUCAUCGCGUUCGUCAUAGUGAUCAGACGGAGUGAUAAAAACAAGAAGAAAGCCAAGAACCAGGAGGAGGAGCAGAUGAUGUAGAGACUAUGCACACAUGCACACAUGCACACACAUUUUUGUACUACUAUACUUUAAUAAAAUGCACAUAAUGCAUCAUCAGCACUGACAUGUCUAACCCGGGACCUUGAACCAGGUUUUAACCCUUAUUUAGACAAAUUUAGACAACACAGUACAGUCUUUAUAAAAAGAUGUUUUUAUGUUUAUUUUAUUCCUUGUCAAAUAAAAUAAAUGAACCUCCACUCGCACAAAAGCAGAAGUAUUGACUUAACUCUCCAGGUUUGAAUGUUUAAGUCUCUCAAGGGUAGAUGCACAAACACACAUACACACAUUUACUUUAGCUUUAUUUUAUGUUAUUAAGAAAAGAAGAGAGCGUUCCGCUUGAUUAAUAAGCGCUUGCUUAAUUAAACUGUCAGGUGGCGCCAUGCUAAUCAGGAAAUUAUAAAGCUUGUUAACAUAAUUUAUUUGAAUUUCACUCCCAGACUCAGGUUGUUUCAUUAGCAGUUUCAUCGUCUCACAUAAUUCGAUUUCUUUUUUCGGCCGUGAGCCUGUUUUGUUGUGCUCUUCUGUUUGAAUGUAAUAUCUAGCAGCAACAACCGGGAAUGUCUUUAAUGUUAAGAACCGGCUAAAACAAAAAAAAAACAAAAAAGAUGUAACCAAGGAUGUCACUGUUGUCAGAACGCUGCUCGAGUAACAUUGACUACCGAGCAAUCACUGCUCUUGCAGUUUCAUAAUAAAGGAUGAAGCUGGGAACCA